CCCCAUCCACCCUUCACCGUUGGUUUUUCCACAAGAGGCCACCCUCCUCCUCACCAGUCCCUCGUUGAUGCGAUCUGCUUUUCCAUUUCACCCAGUUCCGUUCUUUACCUUACUUCGAAAAAGAGAGAAAAUCCGACUCCAGUCAAUCUGGUCGCGCUGUCGAACUCGGUAGGGGGUUCAAUCCCCAAGUGGGCAGUGCAGUCCACACAACCCAUUCACAAUGGCUCAACCGCCGUCCUCACGGCUCCCAUCCGACCAGCGCGACGAAUCGCGAAGAAAUACCCACACGACACAAAUUCGCUCGCUAUCUUCAGGCCUCGAGAGCUCAUCUGAAGGAUCUCCAAUCCAAAACGUAUUCAGCGAUGAAUUUUCGUUGGAACCACUUGACCAGUUUAGUAGCAACCGGAGUUCUCUUACCACCCGGACCCUAACAGAUAACUCUCCACCGUCCCCGUUAUCCUUGGACGGAGCGCGGCCAUCGUCCAUGGUCAGCCCUUUCGACGACUCCUCGGAUUCGUCGAGAAUAGUGAUGCAAACACCACGCGAACCACCCAUAAUCUCCGACCAAGGCAGACAUGUCCCAGUUGAAACAAGCCCUGCCGCGCGAGCUGCCUCUGUUUCAUCAGAAACGACAAGCAACCAGUCUUCUACACGAAGGAGUUUAAGUCCUUCUUCUCGAUUCUCGAUGCCGCGUGCAAUGAGUCCCUACCGAGGUCAAACCAGACCGAGCCAUCCCUAUGCCAUGUAUCCCCAAGGAAUCGGUGUCGCCAGAUCGUCAUCUACCUCCACUGUCUCAACCGUCCGGCCGCCCGAACGUAAUUUCGUCGCAGCUGCUCCACAACACCCAUAUGCAAUGUAUUCCCAGAAUACCGUCCCGGAGGAAGCCGAUGGGGCCCAGAAUCCGCCUAUACCGAUCGGUUUCCCGCGCCAAACCCAGCCAUACCAAGUGCCCUCGACCCAGGCGCCCAACGAAGUCGGAGAUAUUGUGGGCCCAGAUGGUCAUAUGGAACAAUUACCCCCCUAUUCGAGGUAUCCAGAAAGCCUUCCUGCCAAACGGGAACUGGCUUCGGACGAAGAUGUCUCCACCGACACCGCUCCAACCACGGAUGAAACAGCCGUAUCCCCUCGACCUGCCGGAAGUAGCGACGCAGGCGAAGACAGACAAGAUGCAAACUUGAGUCUAAAUGAUACUAGUGGAGGCUUCAAAGAAAAGUUGACCAAGAAAGGGCGGAAAAAGGUUUGCUGUGGUGUCCCACUCUGGAUGUUCUUCCUUGUCGCUGCGGUAUUGCUACUAGGUACGGUUAUUGGAGGGGUCAUCGGUGGUCUUUUGGGUUCACAGCAAGGGGCAAAACGCGACCCCCCCGCUUCUAGCACGCCGACUGCCACGGUCACUGUCACUGCUGGUACCUUGGAUGCAAUUCCUCUGCCAACAGGAGAUCCAGGUAGCCUACUGCCACUUCCCACAGGACAGUUUAACAUUCCAGCGGGGACACUUCAGGAUAACUCGAGCAAUUGCGUAACUGCUUCGGAGUACGAAAGAUCUUGGCAAUGCAGAGCCAUUGGCAUGUUCAAUUAUGAAAUCCAGAAAGACGAAGAUGAAAAUGCGAUGAUCGUGUUUACUUCAUACAAUGUCUCCGGGCAUUUUUAUUAUGGCGCUCAACCACCCAUCUUUAGAGACCCGGAUCAUCCACUUGAGCUGAUGCUUGAUAAAACGAACGUGUCUCUGGGGCCGGCAUACUUCUUCUUCACCGCAUUUGACAAGCUUGUGAUUAUUCCAGACGAAGCCUUUCCCCGCCCAAUCCCGAAAAGAGGGGUGGAUGGAUCCCGAUUGCUACAACGCUGGCCUAGGCUUUUUGAAAGAGUGUCGUCCUCCCCUGGCGAUAAACCUUGGUUUUGCUGGUGGAAUAACACUCUCAUUGAAGUUUUCAUAUAUGCGAACGAGAUGAGCUCGGCAACAGAAGCCGCGAACUCUCCAUCGCCAUCCCCAUCAGGGACGGCAACGUCUGACGCGUAUGAGCCUGAACAGACCAUUGGGGAACGCGGCGGUGUAAGGCUUCCGCAGACACCGCAAAAUUUCUCCCCGCGUGUUAUCAAGAUUGAAGAGAAACGCUACAAAUCCCAUGGACAAACGGCGUAUUGUGAACAGAUGCAAGUUCUAGACAAUGGAAACGUUAAUCGACUAUCCCCGGAGCAAAUUCCCAUCGACGAGAUCUAUACUUACACGGAUGCGGGCUUGGCAUCGGAUAGCGAAAGGGGGUUAUUUAAACGUGGUAAAUUCCAUGAUGUUGGUUGUUUUUGCCAGUAUUUCUAUGAUUGAUUCUUGCCUCUGUUAUCAGGAUACAGAGCGAUUGGGCGUUUUUACUGUUGCGUCUCGGGAUUGUACUGGUGCACCUGGCGUUAAAGGUCUUCGUGCACACCCUUGUGCUUCAUGAUUCCAAGUUCAGUUUCUUUAUAUCUUUGAUCUUGCUGAUUAGCAGCCGACCUUGAUCGGCCUGAGUCGCCCUUUCCAUCCGUUUGCAUUUUGGAUACCAUUACUUCAUUAACGGGCUUUUGCCGUCUCUUUCCAGACUUCUUCCCUGCUUUGCAUUUCCGGCAUUUAUGGCACCAGGAGAGGUUUAUACAUUUUCCUGUCGUUUCUGCACCUUAACUAGCUUUUCCUAGCAACUGCUCUCCUCUACAGCGCCACAACCACACCCAUCUACCAAACCAGAUGAAUACCGCCCGAGAUUUCGUCGAAUUUUCUACUUUUUCCCCCCUCUCUCCCUCUCCCUCUCUUGGUUCCUUUAUACCUCCGUUCCGUCAUGACUAACUUCCUUCUGCCUAAAUCUUAGCUCUUGUGUAUAUUUUGCUGGCCGGCUCAUACAUAUCCUACCUUCAGAUGUACUCCGAUUCACACUUCUGCCACGACUUUCUCACUUUUUCUCCUACUACUCGCUGUGGCUGCAGGUCUUAUGGGCGACAAGGCCUCUAUCGGCUUUAGUUAAUCUCUUCGAGUAUAUAAAUUUUUCUCCUUGUUCUUAAUCUAAAAAGCGGAAAUAUAAAUAAAGAUUAGUCUAGGCGCGUUUA